GAUCAAUUUUAUUUCACACCAAAUAACAAACGGAACACACUUCAAAGUGAUUUACUAUUACCAAUGGUGGAAACAACGAUAAAGCGCACCCCUAAUACUGCUUCUACUCAGAAAGCAAAAGUAUCUUUAAAUAAUGAUAAAAUUUGUGAAACGAAUGGAAAAUUUGUUUCUACAGGUUUCAAUCAUGAAACGUUAUCAGUACGCAAGGCUGCUGAAAUUUUCUCAUCCAUUACGUUAAAUGAGGAAAAUGGAAAAAAUUCCAGUAUUAGAAGAAAUAAAAUAAAUUUUCAAAAUGACGAAAAAGAUAAAUAUGGAUUCGUGGGUUACUUGAAAGAUGUUGGACGUACUUUUGGCUUAAAAUCCCCCAAUGAAACGAUAAAGAACUCAAAUAAAUUCGAACAUUCUCAAUUCAUGUCAUCUCGAGAUAUCAAAAUUAAUCAAUCUAGAGAUUCCAUAAUUAGAAAACCCAUCAGAAAGAAAAGCCUCAUUAACGCAAGGGUUAUUGAAAAGGAGGAGCAACUCGUUUCUCCCAUCAAUAUCUACCUCGAACAUCGAGAUCACCUUGAGCAAGAUAAGAGGGCUCGUGUAAAUUUGGAUGUCUUAAAAGAAGAAAUUUAUGUUCCAAAAAAUCAAAUCCUUCAAUCAUUUGAGCCAUUAUCGAAUCCUUGUGGGCUUUUAGAUAUCAAGUUCUUUCUAAACAUUGGUUAUGGUGGAAAUGUUAUUGGAUUGGGUAAUAAUAUGUGGGGAAUGGUAUGA